AUGAAGGGGGCGAGAGCAAGUGCAAUGUUGCUAGUAAUGGUUCUACUCUCCAUCACUCUCUCCUCCGCCUUCGCGGCAAGAUCGCUGGCCGAAACCCUAGCCACAUCAUCACUGACCCCACUUCCCGUCCUGGACGUGAACGGGAAAGUGGUCCGAUCAGGAGCCAACUACUACGUCCUGCCUGCGCUCACUUUUGGGCCCGUGAACACCAAGUCAGGCUACACGGUCCGUACUUUCACGGAUCUUAACAUCCGGUUCGUGGUGGACACGCCCUGCGAGGAGGGAACCGUGUGGAAGGUGGACGACUAUGACGAUGAUGUGCAGCAGUGGUUCGUUGCGACCGGUGGGGUCGAAGGGAACCCUGGUCCGAGGACGGUGAAGAACUGGUUCAAGAUCUGGAAGUACGGUUCCAACUAUAAGCUGACGUAUUGUCCCGCGGUUUGCAAGUCGUGCAAGGUCGACUGCAAGGAUGUCGGGAUUUACGUGGAUGAGAAUGGCGGGAGGAGGUUGGCUCUGGUUGACAAAGAUGGGGAUCCUUUCGUGAUAAAGUUCGUCAAGGCUGAUUAG